CAGGGAGGGGUUCUUUACCGGGUCCGGCUGCUGAAGCUCGGCGCUCGGUUUACCCCUGCAGCGACGCCCCCUGGUCCCACCGGUACCACUGCUGCUCCCGCCCCUUCGCUUCUCGGCCGCGCAAUGGGCAACCGCGACGACGAGUACAACUACCUCUUCAAAGUUGUCCUUAUCGGAGAUUCUGGUGUUGGAAAGAGUAAUCUCCUGUCUCGAUUUACUCGAAAUGAGUUUAAUCUUGAAAGCAAGAGCACCAUUGGAGUAGAGUUUGCAACAAGGAGCAUCCAGGUUGAUGGGAAAACAAUAAAAGCACAGAUAUGGGACACGGCAGGGCAAGAGCAAUACCGAGCUAUAACAUCAGCAUACUAUCGUGGAGCUGUAGGUGCCUUAUUGGUUUAUGACAUUGCUAAACAUCUCACGUAUGAAAAUGUAGAGCGAUGGCUGAAAGAACUGAGAGAUCAUGCUGAUGGUAACAUUGUUAUCAUGCUUGUGGGCAAUAAGAGUGAUUUGCGCCAUCUCAGGGCAGUUCCUACAGAUGAAGCAAGAGCUUUUGCAGAAAAGAAUGGUUUGUCAUUCAUUGAGACAUCUGCUCUAGACUCUACAAAUGUAGAAGCUGCUUUUCAGACAAUCUUGACAGAGAUAUACCGCAUUGUUUCACAGAAGCAAAUGUCAGACAGACGUGAAAAUGACAUGUCUCCAAGCAACAAUGUGGUUCCUAUUCAUGUUCCACCAACCACUGAAAACAAGCCAAAGGUGCAGUGCUGUCAGAACAUAUAAGGCGUUUCUCUUCUCCCCUAGAAGGCUGUGUAUAGUCCAGUUCCCAGGUCUGAGAUUUAAAUAUAUUUGUAAUUCUUGUGGUCAUUUUUGUGUUUUAUUACUUCCUCAUACUUAUGAAUUUUUCCAUGUCUUAAGUCUUUUGAUUUUAGCUUUAUAAAAUCAUCCACUUGUCCCGAAUGACUGCAGCUUUUUUUUCAUGCUAUGGCUUCACUAGCCUUAGUUUAAUAAACUGAAUGUUUGGAUUCCUCAAUUAUUGUUUACUUUUCAUCAUGGAAGCUGUCACUGUAGGACAUAAUAUAACUUGAUCCCUUGAAGCUCAGAUCUGUUGGUCUUGAUUAAAUCAAAUUAAGAAGACUGUAGAAAUAAGCUAUCAUUUUGCCACAGAGCAGCUUAUAAUUAAUAUACUCUUCUCUCAGUGCAGUGUAUAUUUCCAUAAAUC